CAGGCAAGUAAGAAGGCUUCAAAUAAGAGGCAGAGAGGAGCACAGAAGUCCUGCUCCAAUGUUUUCUCCAUGUUCGAGCAGUCCCAGAUCCAGGAGUUCAAAGAGGCUUUUGGCUGCAUCGACCAGGACAGAGACGGCGUCAUCAAAAAACAGGAUCUCAGAGAGACGUACGGUCAACUGGGAAAGCUGAAUGUCAAAGAUGAGGAGUUGGAUGAGAUGUUGAAUGAGGGGAAAGGUCCCAUCAACUUCACCGUCUUCCUCACCCUGUUUGGAGAGAAACUUAACGGUACGGAUCCUGAAGACACCAUCCUCGCUGCCUUCAAGCUGUUUGACCCCAAUGGAACGGGCUUUGUUAAUAAAGAAGAGUUUAAACGGUUACUAAUGAACCAGGCCGAUAAAUUCACAGCAGAAGAGGUGGACCAGGCCUUCGCUCUGGCUCCCAUCGACCCUGCUGGCAACAUCGACUACAAGUCACUCUGCUACAUCAUCACACACGGAGACGAGAAGGAAGAAUCCUAACCAGGAUGGUUUAAUGUUUAAUACGUUUAGAGAUUACUGGAAAAUAAUCGGCUUAUCUGAUUGGGGCGACCAUAAAUUGCAGUCAAUGGAGCAAUUGUGUCUGUAAAUGACUGAGAAUAAAACGUUUGAUCUUCAGAGGAGUCUUUAGUAAUACAAAU